AUGUUGGUCAAGAGUCUGGAGGAUUUGAGUUCCUCCCACUGCUCCUUCUCUAAGUGUGUACUUUGUGUUUUCUCUUUCUCUCAGGUGGUCACAUGGCUGCAGGGUCCAGGUUCAGAGCUGUUGAAGACCCACCAGGCGAUUGGGGAUUCGAUGCGUGCGGCCCAAGCCCUGCAGCAGAAACAUGAGGAGAUUGAGAGCCAGCAUAGUGAAUGGUUUGCUGUGUAUGUGGAACUGAACCAGCAGAUCGCUGCCUUGCUCAGCGCCGGGGAGGAGGAGGAAGUGGCGGAGCUGAAGUCACUGCAGCAGCAGCUGAGUGAUGUCUGUUACCGACAGGCAGCUCAGCUAGAGAGCCGCCAGAAUGUCCUGCAGGCAGCGCAGGGCUUCCACAGCACCACACAGGAGUUGUCCCAGCAGUUAGACAGCUUACUGGGCAUGCUCUGUGCUGAUGUGGCUCCAGCUGACGGAGCUGCCAUUCAACAAAACCUGAAGCUGCUGGAGGAGAAGCUGCAGACUGUCGAGGCAGGUCUUGCUUCUCUGCGUCAGAAAGGGGCGUUGCUGCUGGAGCAGAUGUGCAGCCAGCCACCGUGGUCUCUGGAAGAAGCGGAGAGCCCAGCUGGCGAGCAGCAGGACAACAUUCAGCAAAUCCAGGCUGUGAUGGAGGAGAUGCAGCUCCGCAAGCAGAGGUGUGAGGACAUGGUGGAUGUGAGGAGGCUGAAGAUGCUACAGAUGGUCCAACUCUUCAAAUGUGAGGAAGAUGCAUUACAGGCAGUAGAGUGGCUUGGCGAGCUGUUGGACGCCCUGCUAAAGACCCACAUCAGACAGGGCGAUGAUUCCCAAGAGACCAGGACCAUUUUGGACAAACACAGGAAGUUUGUGGAUGUCGCUCAGAGCACGUAUGAUUAUGGCCGUCAGCUGUUGCAGGCGACUGUCGUCCUUUGCCAGUCCCUGCGAUGUACCACACGUUCAUCUGGAGACACUCUGCCUAGACUCAACCGAGUCUGGAAACAGUUCAGCGUCAGCGCUGAGGAGAGACAGCAGAGACUGGAGCUGGCUCUGAACUUUCACACCGUGGCUGAGAGGGUGUUACAACAGGAGUGCGUGGAGGUGGAGUCUCUGGAUGAAGUUGACUCUUCAGGGAAAACUCUGCUGGACAGACUUACCAUGCCUGUUAUCUUCCCUGAUGGGAGUGGUGACAACUUCGGGAGUCCCAGCGAUACCGCAGCAGCAGCAGAGGGUGUCAGGGAGCGUCUCCUGCUGGUGGAGGAGCGGCGGCUGCAGCUGCAGGAGGCGAGGCUUCAUAAUAAUAAUGAGGAGGAGGUGCUAAAUGGGCAGGAGGUGGGGCUAGAUGUGAUCGGAGAGGAGUUGAGUGAGAAAGAGGAGCAAGAUGAAGAGGAAGACGAGGAUGUGGGGCAGCAGGAUGAAGAGUCUGAGAGGGCUACACAGGAUUGCUAAUGGGUGGCAUUAAACCAAGCAGCCUUAAUGAAGCUUGUUAACAAAGGGCUGCUGAUGAAUCUCCAAAGACAGAGACCUCUGAUUUGUUCUCCCCCAGGUAUGACAGCUUUCCUUUGGCUGCCUGACUCUCACUGCAGCAGUAGGUAAUCCUUACUGCUGGGCUUUCUCUACAUUAAAACCACAUUAUCCAUCAGCCUCACUGCUUAACUUCCCUGAGGAUAAUCAUGUUGGAAGUGAUUGCUCUGUCAGGCUUUCACUCCUUUCAGUAGAAACGGUGAAAGCCUUACCUGUGAAGAACAGCACCCUCUAACUGUUUUACUGCUGUUAGGUGAUCCAGCAAAUGUGCUUCCAAACAGGAACCCACAAAUGUAAAAUACUGGAGUUAUUUAAUGGAAUAAUUAAUACUCAUGUCUCUGGAUGCUCUAACAACUGACGGUAAACUAACCUGUUUGGAUAAGAAUACUUCUAACGCACUCUUGUCGUAACACCACCUCCUCCUUCCCAGCAUGCCAGUUGUUCACCUAAAAGGCAGUGGAGUGCCCAUGGUGCUAACAUCUGUCUGUGCCUUCCGACGUCUGUCCUUUCAUGCUUCCUCUCCUCCUUUUAUUUUCCUGCUCUAACAGAAGAUGAACUCGGGGGCAGUACAGUAACUUGAGAGACAGAGCUGCAGUACAUCGAGUGUGCAGCGACCUGCUUCUACAUAGUCUUGUACAUUUUUCCCGUAGGCAUUUUCACGUGACUCUGGGCUUUUCAACUCUCCGAUGGAGCCCAAACUCUUCUGGCUGAAUCACCAGUACAAACAAUCUAAAACAAAAUCUGCUUUAUUGACUAAAAGACUAUUUCAAUAGCAUUUUGAGAAAACAACUACAAGUCCCAAAGAACACUCCAAAACCACAGAAAAGAAUCAUCUUAGAGUAAAUUGUACAUCAUUUGUAAGUCCCCUCGCUCUGGAUAUUAGUUAACGCCACAAAAUCUGAAGUAUAUCUAAUAUAUUUUAUUUUUAAGAAUUCCUUAAGAACAUCGUUUUAAAUUGUGUACAUAAAUUUAGUUAACUUCUGACAGUUUUUUUUUUAAUAAGAAAAAGUGACUUUUAAUUUAGGCCACUGAUUGGACAUUUCUUGUUGAAAUGGUCUCUGGGACUUGUAGUCACAACAGUUGUACCAUUAUUACACCCAUGAUGUCAACAUCUGUCAAAGGUCCAGAGGCUCUGACCACUUCGCUGUGCUAAACAAACCCUCUGCCUUCAUGAAGGAAAUCACACCUGUGCUGCCCGCUCUGCUCCGGACUGACCUCAGGGGCUGGUGGUCAUUUGCCAACAUGGUGACAUGAGAAUAGAACAGAUUUGUUUUUAUUUUUCUUUUUUCAAACAAACUUUGCUGUAAUUGGUUGCUUUUUUUGACCAGUAACUGCUGCUUUAAGUGUAACUGCUAAAUGCUACGUCCAGCCUUGUCCUCUUUGUCCAGUGACUGCACAGUGACAUCAUCCUCUAAAUAAAGAAGCUUUUGAAAGUU